GGCUUCACGUUCUCUCAAAAUCUGAAAUCCAAAACAUCUGUCUCUGAUUCACCUUUCUACACCCUUUCUCGUAGAAAUCAAGAGAAACCAUCUCCUCCCAGCUUCCACAUAGAUCAAUUGAAGGAACCAAUAUCGCUUUUCAUGAUUCAAUUUUCAUUCCUCUUACAAAGUCGGGCAUUUCUGACACAACAUUUGUAUUGUUGAUCGAAGAUUCAACCAUAAAUUCACGGUCCGGAGAAGAAGCCAUAUUGGCCAAGCAGAAAACUGGAUAAGCCACUGAUAUCGAUAUUAGAAGAAGUCAUGUCGCGAACCAGCAUCAAGAACCUAGCUUUUCGAGACGGAAAGAAAGAACAGUCCAAUGUCGAGCUUUUGAAUCGACAACGGCCAGAGAAUAUCACACGAAACAAAGUUAUGUGGCAAAAAAACAUACUUCCUGGAGGCCGAGCCGACUGGGUUAUAGUUGGUUUUAGUGCGCCAGUACUCAUCGAGAAGAAGAUUGAAGCGCAGGUUGAUGCCAGAGGGAUUUUUGCAGAAAGAAAUCAGAAGGAUUCUGGAGAUCUUAUAUCUGCCGCGGUUCCAAUUGAGCUAACAAGUAAAGUCGAGAAUGCUGUACUGGAUUUGCUUGCUGGAAAUGAAUAUUCAAGAGAAAUGGGUGGAAAUACGGUGGUGAAAACGGAUGCAAUCACCAUGAAAGUUGACACCAAAGAGGUCAUUACUCUCGAUAACGAGAAUACAUCUGGGCAAAAUUGCGGAUCGUCAGAGUCUGGCGGAACUUUUGAGAAUAAUGAGGAGUCUGAAGAAAGAAAGGCUAUCUUAGCAAAUGGAGCCAAACCGAUGCCAUUGGAAGGCAGAUGCGACGGCAAAGCUCCACCCAGGAAAAAAGAACUUUUCAAGUCUCAGAGUUAUACGAGUUCGGCGGCGCCUCAUAACUUACCUAGUGUAUCUGGGAGAGAAAGUAGAGACAUCGAGAGGGAUAAUAGAGAUUUACAUUUGAGAACGCAGAGUAAUCAGGAGCCAAGAGCCACAUGGUUAACUUUAAGCCCCAAAAGACGACUCAGCAAUCCUCAGUCACGAAUUUCAUCAUCCGCAUCAGCACCAGCAAGGAGACCACAUCCUGCAGAAAUCAUAAGAUCAUUCCGAAGCAAUUUCUCUACGAGUUCGAAUAACCUUGGGGCAUUGUAUUCUCCUGUCUUUAAUACACAAAACUCGAAGGCACGCCUUACUACAUUGACUUUGCCAAGAACUAACCAAUCCAUAACGAGAAGACCCAAAACGACAAUAACUGUCGCUUCAAGAAUGAUAACACAUGCUUUGGGUGUACGAGCUGUUCCUAAAGUGCUGGAAUCUAAAUAGACUUUAUUUUUGCAUGAAGAAACAUUUGGAAGGCUUUGAGAAGGCUCGAAAGACUUGUUGAUACUGCAUGUAUCACAAUCAUGUUGGUGUUGGGUGUUCUUUCUCUUGCAGUCUGAAGAUUUGCAGACAAUUCCCAAAGACUGCAGGCACAGGGCUUUUAAUUGAAGAUAGAUUUUUCAAAAAUAGCAAGAAUGAUUAUUACCAUUUAAUCCA